GCUCUACUCAGCUAUGAGCUCGCUGUAUAUGCGGUAAAGUAUCUCCCAUUGCGUUAAAACAACGGCACAUUCGAGCUUCACAGAGCGCUGUGCAAUUUUCGAUUCAGAAGCAAAUAUGGCGACGGCAGAUGGUCACGAUCAGCCAGUUGCGCCGUCUGUUGUAAGUUUGCGCCGACUUGAGGGUGGAUUUCUACAUCUUCCAAUGCGGUUUUUUGUACAGGGAGCGAAUACCGAUGAAGUCCGUCGCGUUCCUUGCAUGGCUUGGUUGAUAGAAAACCAUAAUUUGAAGAAAAAAGUCCUAUUCGAUAUGGGACUCCGGAAAGACGUUGAAAGCUACACCCCAGCUGUUUUCCGUCGUAUGCAGACAACUGUCAAGGCCGAGAUCCCAGAGGACAUUUAUGAUAGUCUUCGGAAAAUGCAAAUAGAUCCUCAAUCUGAUGUGGACUCUGUUAUCUUCUCGCAUUUACACUACGACCAUGUUGGGGAUCCAUCCAGGAUGGGAACCCAGACAUCCUUUGUUCUUGGACCUGGAGCGAGUGAUCUUAUCACUGGCCCAAAGUCAUACCCCGAAAACCAGGAUUCCCAUUACGAUUCUAACCUCAUCACCAAUGGUCGCAUAUUAAACCUACCCUCGGCCGAUAGCAAUUUAUGGGUCGCCUUUGGACCGUUUCCCAAGACAUAUGAUUACUUUCAUGACGGCUCUCUGCUCAUAGUUCUUGCUCCUGGCCACUGCCCAGGGCAUAUCAAUGCACUUCUUAGGAUUGAGUCUGAUCGCUGGGUCUAUUUAGCGGGUGACACAGCCCAUGAUCCGAGAAUACUUGAUGGCACGAAACAAAUGGCUGAGUACUGGGACGAUGACACUGGAGGUUUCAAGUGCGCUCACAUUGACAAAAACGAAGCGAUGUUACAUGUACAAAGGGUCCGGGACCUGAAGAAUUAUAUAAAUGUGGAAGUAAUCUUGUCUCAUGAUGGAAAUUGGCUUAACUCCAAUAAGCACCGUUUUUAGCAUCUCGAUGCUCUAUGGUGGGAUGGGAUAUAUCAAGGUAUGAAUUUACCACACAGUUACUCUACGGCAAUCAAGCGCUUGAUAGCACCCAUGUCUUAUAUUAUAUUGGUCAAGUC